CGACGAAUAUCUCUCGUGUGUGUGCUAGAGCCGGCUACGCUGUCCUCUCGUUUCCAGUAUCACCCUAUUCAUUUGCAAAAUGGCUGAUCACAGAGAACGAGAUACGUACUAUUCCCCGUCGAUCCACGAUCCACGAUCAAAGAACGACGAUCCUCCGAACUCGCGUUUAUUUGUUAUUUGUCACAAAAGUUUAGACGAGGAUGAUCUCAGAAAAGCUUUCGAGAAAUUUGGAAAAAUCGAGGAUAUAUGGGUCGUCAAAGAUCGUAAUACAGGCGAAAAUAAAGGAGUUACUUACAUUAAAUUUUCCAAAACAUCAGAGGCUGCUUUUGCACUGGAAGAGAUGAAUGGAAAAAUGCUCGGUUCAGUUGGUAGACCAAUCAAAGUUAUGAUAGCCUCAAACCGGGAUCAAGGUUCGGUGCGUGAAACAAACGAGGAAGAGAGAUGGGUACGUUUAUUCUGUGUAUUGCCAAAGUCAAUGACCGACGGAGAAUUGCAGCAGGAAUUUUCUAAAUUUGGUGCAAUAGAAUAUGCGACGGUGGUGAAGGAUCGUAACACAAAUGAAUCAAAGGGUUUCGGUUACGUUAAAUUUCGUAAAGUAUCGAGCGCAGCGAAAGCAUUUGAAGAGUGUGAUAGAAAGUACAAAGCUGUAUUCGCCGAGCCUAAGAAGCCAAAACCGGAGCACACAGAAACGAAAUACAGCAACGGUUUGUCGGUCCCUUACGAGAAUCUGAGUACUAACUUCGGAAAUACCAAUUUCGGCAAGAGCAGUAUAAGCCUCGAGAUUGCCACGAAUUAUCCAAAUUCCGAGGGUUAUACGCGGCUGCAAGUGAUCGCGCAUCCGGCAUUGAAUCAGGAUCAAUUGUGGAAAUUAUUCGACAUAGUGCCCGGUAUGGAUUAUUGUCAUUUGAAAACCGAUGUUAGAUAUAGAAUGAUGCCACGUGGACAAGCAACCGUAGUUUAUUCGAACGCAAACGCUGCCGCUUAUGCGCGUGAAAAAUUUCACGGUUUUGAGUACCCACCGGGUCACAGAAUGAUUGUCAAGCCGGACUUGACUGGUGUCACUCAACAAAAAACAACGGUCAAACCGUUCAACACUAGCGUUACGGGAAUCAACAGUGCGAGAACGGAUCUGGCUCAUCUGGCGGAAACAAUUGCUCAAGCCACAUCCUUGAUUCAGGCCGCUGGACUAACGGCACCAAGUUGUUCAGGUUUGGAGCAGACAAUGACCGUUAAAUUGCCCCCUGUUCAACCGAUGGCGAGCAUAGACGCCGACGUCGAGAAACGAUGUUUUAUCGUUUGCGGGCCUCCCGUACCACCGAUCUAUGCAAUGAAGGAUGCUUUUUGUAGAUUUGGUAAUCUAAUUGACGUUUAUAUGCUACCAGGAAAAAAUUGCGGAUAUGCUAAAUAUGCCAACGCCGAAAGCGCCAACAAAGCAAUCGAGCUACUUCAUGGACAGGAGAUUUACGGUUCGCGAUUAAAGGUAUUGGAGGCUGAGGAAAGAAACGUCGGUGACGAUCGACGAAAACGUUUUAAAAUGGACGAAGACGAGAAUUAGUCCUGUCCCGUGUGUCUCAGACUGACUGGUACACACAAGCUGGACGCACGCAACAAUUGAGACGAAUUUUAAGACUCACUUGACCACAUCGUUGGCCUGCAACCGAGGAUAAACUACUCCAACUACCUACUUAAAAAAAGAAACAAAACAAAACAUACCCUCUAUAUCGUUUACCCUCGCGAAACCUCAACUUAACUGAAACUUUAACGUUACAUUACAGCAUUCUUUACUUAUCAUCGUUACACGUACAUGGGCGCAUAUUUCGACUCAUACAUUUCGUUCGGUAAUCGUUUGAGAUAGGCCUGUGCGAAGAGCGAUCACAGCUUCUAUUCACAAUAUUACAACAAUGGUACAACUGAAACAAAAACCGCUUAAAUGAGACGUUACGAAUUUGGACUGUGAGCGAAAAGCAAAAGUAAACAAAAACAAACGAAACGAGAUACAGAAUAACAUGAAACUAUGCGAAAGAAAAGUUGGGUAUGGGAGUAUUUUCAUAAGUUUGCUAAAGGGAGCUCGAAAAGAAGCAACGAUUUCAAAAGAAAAGUAACAAUACGGAAAAAAAGAGAUGCGUACGAAAGAUCUAUAUUUUUGUACUGAAUGUUACAGGCUGUGUGCGUUCGUCUUCAGCGAGGCUUCUUACCGAGUUCAAUAUUAUUUCUUCGCUCUGCGAACAACGAAAAAAGGGAAACGAAAGUAAUACGACAUUUUUCACAAUAGACUGGCAAAAGUACAUCAUACUGAAUCGAUGUCGAUUAACAUUACAUUCAUAUACACGAAUAUGCAUAGAAAACACUUAACAUAUGAAACAGUAAAUCCUGUUCGCACAGGCUUUUAGGUAAAAAUCGUGCCUUAGAAUUUCUAAGGCAAUCGAGAUACAUCGAUUGAUAAAUUCAUACUUCGAAUUUGUACUGAGGAAAAGAUAAUAGAAAAAGUAUUUAACCUCAGGCGGGUGUAGCGGUCGAAUCACUGAGGGAGGAGCUGAGCAAUGAAUUUUAAUUACGAAACUAUUUAAAAUGCAAGGAAUCCAAUGAUAAAUUUUAAAUUUUCAACAUCGUUACUACUAGCAACGGGGAGACAGGGGAUAGGGAAUGUUUUUAAUGACCAGAUCUCGCUGAAAAUAUUUCGAUAGGUCAAGAAAUAAAAACAAUUUAAAAGUCUCUCAAAUUUGUACAUAAAAAUCUGAAAUGAAAAAAAAAAAAGUAAAAAAAAAGGAGUUCGAAUAAACGAGUCUGUUUGAAAUUUGAAUACUUGAAAUCCCAAGUUCUAUGUUUUUCCAUAUAUACUCAAAUAUAAAGAACUCUUCUUUACGGAGUGUGCCCCUAAAAUUACAUUUGCCUUUUUCUUUCGUUCCAUUUAUUUUGUUUCGGAGAAUUUUUACCGCGUGACUAGUUCGACACGAGCGAAUUAUAGUACGCAUGAAAAUUGUAGGAAGGACAAUUUUGAAAAAUUCGUCAUUAGUGCGAUAGUUGUUUGUUUCGAAUCGAUGUCACUACUGUCGUAGAAAAUAGAUGAGCGACGAUUGUCCAACAAUCUGUAAUCGCAACGAAAUCUGUUUCCCUCUGCGUUAUUGCAUAGUUAACGUAAAAUUUGCAGGCCGCAAGUGGAAGUACACGUCACCCUGAUAUAUAUUUUGAAAUGAUGCAAGAUAAAUCGAUAUCUUUUCUCUACAGCGCAGCGGGGUGUUGGAAUUAAUGAAAAAGUCAUUUUUUGGCAAUCGGGUUUUUGAAAAAAAUUGACAGGUUGAGACAUGUAUAUAUUAUUUUAAAUAAAUUCUGCUUGAAGUCAUUUUGGAUAAGUAAUCAUUCUAAGACUCGGGGUCUUUAAAUUUUUUAUACAAAUUGGGUAAAAGAUCAUCGAGAUACAAAUGAAAAUCGGUCGUCACGAAUCAGCAAAGAUUUUUAAACGUUGUUCACUUGAAAAUGCUUCGAAUCAUGUGAAAAAUGCGAAGCAAACCGUCCCGGAAAUUAUUUCAUUACCGUCAUGUCGAUGACAAAGAUUUUGGAUGAAGAAAUAAUCAAUAUUCAAAAAUUCAAAAUGUGCGACCAGAAAGUGUCAUAUUAAUAUCACUUUAAAAAUCAAAAUUAUGAGAAAAGGGUUGCAGCCUUAGAACGAUUGGUUUUUCAAGUAACUGGGGAAAAUGAUUUUUUUUUUCACCAAAUCCCCUCGUGCAAAAUUGGAAAAAAAUAUUUCCAUGUUCUUUACAUCACUUUAUGAUACUUAUAUAUAUAUAUAUAUAUAUAUAUAUAUAUAUAGAUAUGUUAAAAAUUAAAAUGAAAGAUCGGAAAAAAACAUCAAUUGAUCAGCACAACGAAACGUAAUAAGACGUUGAGCAUCGAUCAGCACUCUCAUCACAUCCGCUUCAUAAAAAUUUAGGAAAACAGAACAAAAUAAAGAUCUCAUAGUUUGUAUAAAACCACGAUUUUCCCGACAUGUUUCUAAAACAUUAAAAUCUUAAGUUUUUCUUUCUUCUCAGCCAUAAAACAAACAAAAAACAUGGGAAUGAGCGGCUUUAGCGUACGAAAACGGUAUUUGGGCGUGACUACAUGUACGAAAUAGAUCUCGAAUAUGAGAAUGUUUGCGGCAUAAUAUAACGAGUAUAGAUUGCAAGUUCCUGUGAAUAUCAGGUAGUAAGAAUCGUACAUUCGCAAUACAUGUGCGUGUAUUAAUUAUUGAACAGGGCUUAGACGUUGCAUCAAAUGAAAAAAGAACCAAUCAUAAACACGUAAAACAAUAACGUCCAUCUCAUAACAAAAAAAUUUGCGAAAAUCUUGUGCCUCGAAAUCUCUGACAUGAGAAGGAUUGAUAACAAAUAAAUAAAAACAAAAAGGAAUAGAGUCGUCACUACGCGAACAAAUGAUCACCUGAGUGUGUACACCAAUCAAGAUGUGCGCUCGACCUUAUGACUGUAACGCAGCAUUUAUGCUCGGUGACUGUAACAGACCGUGGCCUGAAUGAAUCAAAUACACACGCUGGUGACCCGGGAUGAAGAAAAGUAUACACAACGGAGUACCUGAAGACUGUGAUAUCAUUACCAUCCCGUUGAAUUUAACGGCCUGAUGGAUUCUGCCACAUCGAUCAUUUCUAUAUUUGUUCGGUUCUAUAUGAAUAAAUAUUAUAUAAAUACAUACCACGAAGACGGUUGUAACGCAUUUAUGAAACAGAGAGUAAAUAUUUUAUACUGUAUUACACAAUACUGAUCAAGUUUAUUUACACGUUUAAAAUGCUUUUCUAUUCUUACACUUGAUCAAUGUUUUUUUGGCUUGGAAAGUCUUUUUUAUGUCUCGAAUUUUAUUAUUAUCAGAUUAAUAAAUAUACUAAUUUCGAAAAUUUCUUGAAACGAGCAUAAAAAACCUGUAGACGAAGUGUUUUUCAAUUUUUUUUGCACUCUGAACGUCGUUGUCGACGCGACAGAUUUUUUAACUCCUUCUGACCUUGUAAUCGGGCCGCUAAUUACCAAUAAAAAUCAACUUCAAUUUAA